ACAAACAACCCAUAACAAAUCAUUGAAAUUAUCAGUCUUUUCUUAUUUUGAUUGCCCUUUGACAAUUGACAAUCAUAUAGCUUCCGGUGAUUCAUCGUCUCCUUUCUUUUGUUGCAGACUUGCAGUUUCCAGCCACGCAGGAAGCUACAAUGGCCGGACCGCAAUUCUCUGAUGCCAAGAAUGAUGUUUUAUCGGAGGAACUCCCGCAUCUCCUACUCAUUCAUCCGCCAUCAAUCUUCUCACGCCUCCCGCCUGAAUUUUGUGGAAAAUUCCCUGUCCUGAAAGCGUGGGAGUCGCCUCUCCCUCUAGAGCAGUUCUUGAGCACCCAUGCGCGCUCAAUCCAAGCCCUUCUUGUUCGCGGUUAUCUUAUGGUAAAUGCAGACAUCCUUGAGCAGCUACCGGCACUGAAACUCGUCAUGACAUUCAGUGUUGGUGUGAACCAUAUUGACAUGGCAGAGUGCCGACGGCGUGGGAUUUCUGUAACUAACGCAGGAAGUGCAUACUCGGAAGAUGUUGCUGACAUUGCUGUUGGGUUGUAUAUUGAUGUGCUUAGGAAACUUUCAGCAGCAGACCGGUAUGUAAGACAAGGGCUUUGGAGUAGCAAAGGACAAUACCCUCUUGGUUCCAAGUUAGCUGGGAAGCGAGUGGGGAUUAUUGGAUUAGGAAGCAUUGGCUCAGAAGUUGCUAAACGACUUGAGGCAUUUGGCUGCAUCAUCUCGUAUAACUCAAGGCGGGAAAAGACAUCUUCGACAUACACUUUCUAUUCUAAUGUUUCUGAACUUGCAGCCAAUAGUGAUGCCCUCAUCAUCUGCUGUGCAUUAACAGACCAAACUCACCACAUGAUUAAUAAGGAAGUCUUGGCUUCACUAGGAAGAGAGGGUGUGAUUGUUAAUGUAGCCCGCGGGGCGAUAAUUGAUGAGAAAGAACUGGUGAAGUGCUUGGUGAGUCGGAAAAUAAGAGGUGCUGGUUUCGAUGUGUUUGAGAAUGAGCCUCAAGUUCCAGAAGAGCUCUUUGCAUUGGACAAUGUUGUUCUAUCACCACAUACGGCUAUAUUUACUCCUGAAUCUUCGGAGAGUAUGAAAGAAGUUGUCAUGGCCAAUCUGGAAGCUUUCUUCUUGAAUAAACCUCUGGUUUCCCCUGUCGUGGAUGAAUGAAUUUGAUCAUAUUAGCUCGAUUGUUUAGUCUAUCUUUUGUUUCUUUAAGCUUUUGUCACGGAACUCUGUUCUGUGCGGGUUCUUAUACAAAUUGUUGAGAAUCAAAGUCAACUACAUUUGAUACUGAAAUUGACCUUGUAUCUGGUUUUCAGUUGGAAAUUCAAAUUUGAGCAAGCAGUAUUCUUUAGUAGCAAA